UGACAUUGUUCAUCCUUCACUGUCUUCAGGCGUAGAGUGCCUCAGCCUCACACCCCUCCAGGCUCUCUCUCCAGCGAUUGGACUCCUCGAGGCGGACUGAACUCGAUAAACAGGCCCAAAAUGCCUUCAUGUCGCAUAACUAAUCACACUGCGCAACCGCUGAACAUCUGCCUAAAGCAAGUAACAGCCCUGCACUUUGAGAACACUGUUCAGCCAGGUCAGACGAUCAAAUUCAGACCCGGCAAAGUAUGGUUCACAUUAGAGGCACUAGUCGAUGAUGGGACGAAGAAGAGCCGGUACUCCGUCUUGAAAUCCGCAGCGACCAUUGCGAUUCUGUCAGUCGCGGUCGGUGCAGUCGCCGCUACGGCUGGGGCUGCUCUUCUGCCAGAAGCAGCGGCUCUCGAAGCGAUCGCAGCGGCGUCUGUAGCUGGCUCGUACCUAGCAAAGGGCAUGACAGUGACGAAAGCUGCAUUGGUCAGUAACUCUGGAACAAUUGCAAAGAUCUCUUCUACGAUGCUACCGAAGGCUAUCGAUAAGUUGACUGCAGAGAUAGGGGGUCUGUCUGCGCUACAGCGAGAAGUUCUAACAAUCAUCUCUUCGCCGUCGAUUAGUUCAGAUGUACGACACAGAGCCACGUCAUUACUUAAGCAGCUACAUGGAGCAUACGCAAAGGACAAGGCGGAGAAAAGACCUGGCGGGGCAUCAAAUAACCCCAACCCAAUCAUGGAUCCUACCUCCAAACAGAUGCCAGCCGAAGCGGCACCUCAAAGCGUGACAGAAGGCACAGGGUCAGGGAUCUCCAGCGCGGAUCCGGCGACAGAUCUUGGACCAUUGGACGAAAAGGAAGGCGCUGCGCUCGAAGCCGAGCUUGAUGCCGGGAAACUUGAUGAUCGCGUAGAGCAUACACCGAUCCGGACGGGUGAAGUCCUGAGAGUUCAUGGGGUUUACAUGAAUGUGAAGCGAGAGUUCGAUAUCCGAGUGGGAGCCGAGGGGAAGCUGGAACUCUGGGAUGCGAAGGCCAAUAAGCGGUGGGGCGAGAAGUAAAGUAUGCAAUCGCAGAGCUUUGCACCGUAUAAGUGGCUAGGAAACAGACUUCUGAGGCCUUGUCCUUGCAGAAAGUUCCGCCAAAGCGUUGUAUGACAUACAUGAAUGGUCGAUCUCACAUUCUACGA